AAGUUCCUCGUAGGCUCUUACCCUCUCGUCAACAUGUCUUCAUCGGAGGCCAAUAAUGGCCCGAGCCAAGCGCCACCUUAUCCAGGUGUACCGCCCUCAGGGAUACCUCCCCCAUUUAUGGGACCACCAGGAAUACCACCUCAUUUCCCUCCCAUUGGAAUGCCUCCUAUGGGACAGCGACCCCCCAGCAUGACUCCGAUGCCUCCUGGUAUUAUUCCCCCUGGUAUAAUGCCACCGAUGGGGGCACCUCCAAUGGGACAGAUGCCAGGCAUGAUGCCACCUAUGAUGCCAGGGAUGAUGAUGCCCCCUCGCAUGCCAGCUGCGGCUGUCCAACCAACGGGACCGCCCGGUGUUGAUCCCACAGCUGCUGCACCCGGAACAGCUAGUACAACAAAUGGAUCUCCACAGGAAGAACAGCCAAAGAAGAAGUCCCUGUGGACGGAACACAAAUCACUGGAUGGGAAGACCUAUUAUUACAAUACUGAGACCAAGCAAUCCACAUGGGAGAAACCGGAUGAACUCAAAUCUCCUGCAGAACAAAUGCUGUCUAAAUGUCCUUGGAAGGAGUACAAGUCAGACACAGGGAAGCCUUAUUAUUACAAUUCUCAGACGAAGGAGUCCAGAUGGACCAAACCCAAAGAGCUGGAGGAUCUGGAAGCUAUGAUCAAAGCAGAGGAGAAUGGAACGGCAGAGGCAACGGCCCCGGGCACCACCACAGCUCCUGCAGUGCAAGCAGAUAACACAGCCACUAUGGCGACCGUAGUGGAGGCGGAAACUGCAACAGCAGUCUCAGAGGAACACCUGUCCCAGGCGGCUGCGCAUCACACAGCUGAGGUCAAGACUGCAGAUGCACCUGUGGCUUCCUCAGAGAGCUCAGCUGCCACAGAAGCCACAGCCAGCGUUGAAGUCACAAAGGAAGAACGGCCAGAACUUCAGAAGAAAACUUACAAAUGGAACACGAAAGAAGAGGCCAAGCAGGCCUUCAAAGAGCUGCUGAAGGAGAAGGGUGUGUCCUCAAACUCCUCAUGGGAACAGGCUAUGAAAAUGAUUAUCAAUGAUCCUCGCUACAGCGCGCUUCCCAAACUGAGUGAGAAGAAGCAGGCGUUUAAUGCCUACAAGGUCCAGACAGAGAAAGAAGAAAAGGAGGAGGCCAGAAUUAAAUACAAGGAGUCCAAAGAAACCUUUCAGAGGUUCUUGGAGAACCAUGAGAAAAUGACGUCCACCACCAGAUACAAGAAAGCAGAACAAAUGUUUGCAGAGCUCGAGGUGUGGAGCUGCGUUCCAGAGAGAGACAGGCUGGAGAUCUAUGAAGAUGUGCUGUUCUACCUCGCUAAGAAAGAGAAGGAGCAAGCCAAGCAGCUAAGGAAGAGGAACUGGGAAGCUCUGAAGAACAUUCUGGACAACAUGGCCAACGUCACCUACCGCACCACCUGGUCUGAGGCCCAGCAGUACCUGCUAGACAACCCCACCUUUGCAGAAGAUGAGGAACUGCAGAAUAUGGACAAGGAGGAUGCCCUGAUUUGUUUUGAGGAGCACAUCAGGGCACUGGAGAAGGAGGAGGAGGAAGAGAAACAGAAGACUCUUCUGAGGGAGAGGAGACGACAACGCAAGAACAGAGAAGCCUUCCAGAAAUUUCUGGAUGAGCUCCACGACCACGGCCAGCUUCACUCCAUGUCUGCCUGGAUGGAGAUGUACCCAACCCUCAGCUCAGACAUCCGCUUUGCCAACAUGCUGGGCCAGCCGGGUUCCACUCCCUUGGAUCUGUUUAAAUUCUACGUGGAAGAUUUGAAGGCUCGCUACCAUGAUGAAAAAAGGAUCAUCAAAGAUAUUCUUAAGGACAAAGGUUUCCUGGUUGAAGUCAACACCAGCUUUGAUGACUUUGGAUCCGUCAUCAGCUCAGACAAGAGAGCCACUACACUGGAUGCAGGAAACAUUAAGCUAGCCUUCAACAGUUUGCUGGAGAAGGCUGAAGCCAGAGAGAGGGAGCGAGAGAAGGAGGAGGCCAGGAAGAUGAAAAGGAAAGAAGCAGCCUUCAAGAACAUGCUGAAACAGGCCACACCACCACUGGAGCCGGAGGCUACAUGGGAGGGAGUAAGAGAGAGAUUCUUAAAAGAAUCUGCCUUUGAAGACGUGACUCUGGAGUCAGAGAGGAAAAGGAUAUUCAAAGACUUCAUGCAUGUCUUAGAGCACGAGUGCCAACAUCACCACUCUAAGACAAAGAAGCACUCCAAAAAGUCCAAGAAGCACCACAGGAAGCGUUCCCGCUCUCGAUCGGGAUCAGAGUCUGAGGAUGAGGAAUACCACAAGAAGAAGAAGAGGUCGCAGUCCAAAUCCCCCUCUGAACGCUCCUCGAGUGGAGAAUCUGAGAGAAGCUAUAAGAAAUCCAAGAAGCACAAGAAGAAGGGCAAGAAGAGACGCCACAAGUCUGCAUCACCAGAUUCUGACAAUGAGAAGAAAGGAAGAGAGCGUGAUGGAAAGCGAGAAAAAGACCUAGAGAAAGAUAGAGAUAACGACAAGUCUCGGGGGAAAUCUCGCUCCGACUCUAAACAGAAGUCUCCUAAAAGGAAAGCUGCCAAAGAGGAGGGUGGCUGGGAUACAUCAGGCAGCGAGCUGAGUGAAGGAGAGCUGGAGAAAAGGAGAAGAACUUUACUGGAACAGCUGGAUGCACCUUGAUGAUCACACCUCUGCUGCCCUUCUGUUGUACUGGUACACCUCUACAAACAUGCAUUCCCCUUCAGGCUCAUCUGACUGCAUGGGUCAUACCAUUCUGGACAGACUGUGAGAUAACGCCUUCACUGCUAUUUUAUGGGAAUAGGCUACACUGAACUUGCACACUUAUUUGGUAAAUAAUUUGAUAUCAGUAACAGCUGAUCAGUCGUUAAAUGUCAGGUUGUUCUUUUGUUGCCUUUGUUAGCUUUAAGAUUUUUUUUUUUUUUUUUUUUUUAGUUGACUGUAGUUGUACGUUUUCCAUCACAAUCAUUUUUAUAUUCAAUUAAAAGCAUAUCUCAGUGUCCGACUGACUAUCUUUCACCUGGAAAUGUAGCAAGAAAACGGGCACAUGUCCACAAAUAACAGGAAAUACUUCAGAUUUGAUCCAACUUAACUGCAGCUGUGUUCUCAAGAAAUGAUCCGAAAAGGUUUCAAUUGCGGCAUUUUGUCAAAAUUGAUGUAUUGUAGUUAAAUGUAAUAAAAUUGCUUCAAAGAAUGACCCAUGGUCUGUAACUGGAUACUUGUGUUCAGUACGGCAGAAGUGACAGAUUCUCUUAUUUACUCCCGUAAUUUCUUAUAUUUAUGAGACAGGCAUACCAACUACCAAACCCUUCAAAAUGUCUGCAGUAUUCCCCUAAUGUGGCCAAAUAAUGGAUCCCGUCCACCAUAAGAACAUUCUGUUCAAACAGAUGUAAAAACUUAACCAACAGAAUGUUCUCUGUCAAUUCUCAGCCAGUUUCAAGUCGUGAACAAAACGAAAAAGCGAUUCAAGGUAAACAAUUCUAUAAUCAAUGUAAAUAGUUUAUUUGAUCAUAUUUGUUGAAAAUCUCAUAUCACCUAAUUUUAAAAAAGCUUGUUAUUUUGUAAUAAGCACAAACUGCCUAAAAUACAUUUCUGGUGAAAGUAAAAACAAAA